CUGACAGUUAUAACUGUUCAGUUAUAAUUGACACAGUUUUAACUGACGUCAGUUAAAAUGAAAUGCACACACACACACACACAGUUCAAUCCCUCAGUUUUUACCAUGGAUUCCGAGGAGUACGAUCUUGCCGCUCUCGGUGUAUUCUUUGUAAUGCUACAAACAAAUAGAAAAAAGAAAACUAAAAAGCGUAAACAGUGGUGCAAAAACUGGUUACUAAGGCGAAAUCAAUGUUCUGAUAUUAAAUUAUUAAAGGAAUUAAGUGAAGAACCAAUGAUUUUUUUUCAAUUAUUUGCGCAUGAAUGAAACAGUGUACCAAAAGUUGCUUUCGCUGGUUUCUCCUUUCAUUAAAAAGAAAGAUACAAUAAUGAGAAGAGCAAUAUCGCCACAUGAAAGAUUAACUGCUACCUUGAGAUUUCCAGCAACAGGACGGUCGUAUGAGUGCCUCAAAUUUUCCACAAGAAUAUCACCUCAAUCUCUUGGAAAAAUCAUCCCAGAAACAUGUAACAUCUUGUACAAAGUUUUGGGGAAGUAUAUGCAGUUUCCCAACUCAGAGGAAAAAUGGAAAGAGAUUGCAACUUUGUUUGAGGAAAGAUGGCAUUUCCCCCACUGCAUCGGUGCCAUGGAUGGCAAACAUAUUGAAAUAAUUCCCCCUCAUAACUCUGGAUCGUAUUAUCAUAAUUACAAAGGCAAACAUAUGGUUCUUCUUGCUAUAGUUGAUGCCAAAUACCAGUUCCUACAGGUUGAUUUUAGAACUAAUGGACGGAUUUCUGAUUGUGGUGUUCUUCAGAAUACAUCAUUCUUUGAAAAGCUGGUGAACGAGAAUUUACACAUUUCUCAGCCUGACGAUGUCAGUGACAACUUAAAAAAUGUUCCAUAUGUCUUCUUUGCUGACGAUGCAUUUCCUCUCAGAACUAAUAUUUUGAAGCCAUUCAGGCAAGGAUUAUUAGAUUCAGCCAAAAAAGAGGUUUUUAACUGUCGAUUAUCUCGAGCAAGGCAUAUUGUAGAGAACGUUUUUGGGAUACUUGCUUCACGCUUCCGUAUUUUUCAGUCCCCAAUUAAUUUAGAGCCUGAGAAUAUUGAGAAAGUAGUAAUGGGUACCUGUGCAUUGCAUAACUUAUUGAUUGAACAACAAUCUAAUACAUACGCCCCUGUGAACCUUAUGUAUCAAGAAAAUAAUUAUGAUGGAUCUGUUAUUUCUAGUGGCUGCGAUAGAUGAUUCCACUAAAUCGUCGUAGUGGAAAUAUUUCUAAUGACGCAAAAAAGUCAGAGAACAAUUUAUGAACUACUUCAUGAAUGAUGACAAAGAGCCAUGGCAAAAUAAUCACAUUUUAAAAAAAUAAAUAAAUAAUUUUCCUGGCUAUAACCACCACAAAAGGCAAGAUUUAAAUGUUAACUGAUUGUGUUAUUCAACAAAAACUGAAAGUGGGUGAAAUGGGGCAAUGACUUUUACACAAUAACAAUAGGCUUAAUAAUAAUAAAAAUGAAUCUAUCUUGUUUCUCUUACCUCUUCGUUUUCAUCGUCCACAUUUGAAC